AUGGCAUCAAACUUGGUCCAGCUUCAAGUUCCUAAGUUGACAAAAGAAAACUAUGAAAGGUGGUGUAUCCAAUUCAAAGCAUUGUUCGGUUCACAAGAGUUGUGGGAGGUAGUUUCAAAUGGUUAUGUUGAACCAAGUUCAGAAGCUGAAGCUCUCUACACUGCUGACCAGAAGAAUUCUCUAAGAGACCAACGAAAAAAAGAUAAGAAGGCACUCUUUUUGCUGUACCAAGGAUUGGAGGAUGAUACGUUUGAGAAAAUUUCUGAAGCAACAAACAGCAAGGAGGUCUGGGACAACCUGAGCACAAUUUAUAAAGGAGUUGAAAGAGUGAAGAAGGUGAGAUUGCAGACUCUUAGAAGUGAGUUUGAAGCAGUUCACAUGACAGAAGGGGAAUUAGUCUCAGAUUAUUACUCACGACUUAUUGCAAUUGUCAAUCAAAUGAAGAGAAAUGGAGAAAAGCUUGAAGAUGUUCGAGUAAUGGAGAAGAUACUGAGGUCUCUUACUCAUAAUUUUGAGCAUGUAGUAACAGCUAUAGAGGAGUCAAAGAAUCUGGAAACAAUGAGUACUGAAGAACUUUUAGGAUCUCUGAGAGUUCAUGAACUACGUAUAAAGAAGCAUUCUCAGUCAAACUCAACAGAUCAAGCUUUGGUGUCAAAAUUCACUUUUGAUAAUUCAAACAGUGAACAUGUUCAAGGACAAACUUCUCAACGUGGAAGAGCAACUUAUCGUGGACGAGGUAGAGGUCGCGGAGGAUAUGGCAGAGGUAAAGCAAAUGUUCAAUGUUUUAAUUGCCAUAAAUUUGGACAUUACUCUUUUGAAUGUUCCAGCAAAUUUGAAGAUCAUGUGAACUUAGCUGAAGCCUCUAAUGACGUUGAUGAAGAACCAACUUUGCUGAUAGUGCAUAAAGAAUCUGUUGAGCAAACUAAUGUCUGGUAUCUUGACUCCGGAGCGUCUAAUCAUAUGUGUGGUCGAAAGGAAUGUUUCGUGGAUCUGAAAGAAGAAUCUGGUGGACUAGUAAGUCUUGGAGAUGGCUCGAAGUUGCUGGUUGCAGGGAAAGGAAAGAUCCAGGAUGAAGAGCAAUAUUCUUAG